AUGGCAUCCUCAAGCAAUAACAACCCGAUCAAGGACUUGUCCCCAAGAGAUUUUAAUGAUGAAGAUCAUAAGCGGAUGAAGAAGAAACAAAAGGUCCAAGAAAAUGUUGUUCAAGAUCUUAGUUCUCUCAAGAAUGAGGGAAGAAAAAUCUAUGAAGAUUUAAACGAAUACGACUUUGAAGAUGGAGUAUUCGAUGACUUCGACGGAGAAGAUUAUUUUCAUUCAUCUGACAGCGAUGAUGAUGAAGAUGAUAGCGACUACGAUUUAGAAGAUGUUGCUGGUUUUCUUGACGUUGUUGUUGAUGCUAGUGCUGCUGAAGUUGAAAAGAGGGGAGAAAGUGAGGGCCCUAAAGAGAAGGUGGUGGGUGAAAGUAGUGAGAGCGUGAAAGAGAAUGUGAUCAUUGAUGUUAAGGGGAAAGGGAAAGCUGUAGACUAA